GACUGCGGAAAAGGGGGACCCUCCUAUGGCCCAUCCCCCCAGAGGUGGGGGGCUGGGCCCUGGACUGCCUGGUGCUGGUGACGAAGUCUGAAGCAGCGUGUGGCCCAGGCAGAACACGUGGCCUCCGAUGGGGAAGGGGCUGAGUGCUCUGUGCUUGGAGGCUGGGUCGUGUCUGCACCUGCCCAUCGCUUGGCAGAUUGGCAAGGCCUGUGUGCGUGGGCGGCAGCCGGCAGCAGUGCCAUGUGCUGACACCUCACAGCCAGACUCCCUGUUUAGUGCUGAUUAUUAGAACCACCCCCAGAACCUCAGUUAAGCAAAGGGGUUUGUUUCCAUGGAGACAGGCAUCCUUUCUCCAUGGCAACCUGAAAUCCCAAAACCCCAGGAAGGCUUAGGAAUGAGUCAUCUGUGACCAGCAGGAGGCACUCUUUCACAAGGUGGACCCCAAGGUGGACAGUGGGGCCACUGAGCACAGACUUUAAAGGUGCCCCAAGGGCAGGAGGCUUGGGCCGAGGGGCAGGAGACCGGCCCUACUUAACCCCCCCCCCUUCCCACCCGUGGUCUGAGGCGGCUGCUCCUGGAAGCUCUGUACAGAGGCGGCAGCCCUGCAGCUGGGGCCCUCAGAGUGGCACUCGCAUGGGAAGGAUCCCUGUCCCCCCAGACUGGGCCCGGAACACGGGAAGUGGCGCUGCCCAGGCCGCUGCCCAGGCCGAGUGGACACCGAAGAGUUAACUGGCGGGCGUGACAGGGCGCACCGCCCUCAGGAAGUGUUACUCACCAGCGGGAAUGCUCCUGCCUUGGGGGCCGGACUGUUCCUGAGUCCCAGAAGUACUCAGGAGCUCCCGCCAUGGAAACCCCUGGGGAGCCAGGAGCAGGGCCGCUGGGAGCCCCCAGCCCUUCGGACGCCUCCGCGCCUGGGCACCUGGAGAGAGAAAAGCCAGCCCAGGACCCCAUGUACGACGUGCCCGACGCCAGCGGGGGGCAGACAGGUGGGCCCCAGCGGCCAGGGCGCACUGUGAGCCUGCGGGAGCGCCUGCUGCUCACGCGGCCCGUGUGGCUGCAGCUGCGGGCCAACGCGGCGGCCGCGCUGCACGUGCUGAGGACCCAGCCCCCGGGGACGUUCCUGGUGCGGAAAUCCAACACUCGCCAGUGCCAAGCUCUGUGCGUCAGGCUGCCGGAGGCCAGCGGCCCUUCCUUCGUGUCCAGCCACUACAUCCACGAGAGGCCUGGGGGCGUCUCGUUGGAGGGAUCUGAGCUCGUCUUCCCGGACCUAGUCCAGCUCAUCUGCGCCUACUGCCACACCCGGGACAUCCUGCUCCUCCAGCUCCAGCUCCCUAGAGCCAUCCGACAGGCAGCCACCCACAAGGAGCUGGAAGCCAUCUCCCAUUUAGGCGUCGAGUUCUGGAGCUCCUCCCUCAACACCAAGGCUCAGCCAGGCCCCUCUGAAGGCCCGCAGCUGCCCCGGCUGCUGCCCCGGUCCCCACAAGAGCUGGACCAGGGCACCGGGGCCGCCCUGUGCUUCUUCAACCCCCUGUUCCCAGGGGACCUGGGCCCCACCAAGCGGGAGAAAUUCAAGAGGAGUUUCAAAGUGCGUGUAUCCACAGAGACCUCCAGCCCCCUGUCUCCACCCGCUGUGCCACCUCCCCCGGUCCCAGUGCCACCAGGGGCAGCCCCCAGCCAGACAGAGAGGAUGCCCCCUCGACAGCUGCUGAGGAGGGAGAGCUCGGUGGGGUACCGUGUGCCCGGAGGAGCCAGCCCCAGCCUCCCGCCCCUGCCCUCCCUCCAGGAGGUGGACUGUGGCUCCCCCAGCAGCUCCGAGGAGGAGGAGGGCAUGCAGGGGCGUCAGGGGAGUCCAGCAACCUCACCCCGCCUGAGUCUCAGGAAUCGCAGGCGGCCUUUGCUUCGGUCCAUGAGCUCUGCCUUCUGCUCUCUGCUGGCACCCGAGCGGCAGGUGGGCCGGGCGGCCUCGGCGCUGAUGCAGGACCGCCACACAGCGGUGGGCCAGCUGGUCCAGGACCUACUGACCCAGGUGCGGGCCGGCCCGGAGCCCCAGGAGCUGCAGGGCAUCCGUGAGGCACUGAGCAGGGCCCAGGCCAUGCUGAGCGCCGAGCUGGGCCCUGAGAAGCUGCUGCCGCCUAAUAGACUGGAACGCGUCCUGGAGAAGUCCCUGCAUCGCUCGGUGCUCAAGCCCCUCCGGCCCAUCCUGGUGGCCCGACUGCGGCGCCGGCUUUCCGCCGAUGGCUCCCUGGGCCACCUGGCUGAAGGCUUCCGCCUGGCCCGGGCCCAGGGCCCUGCAGCCUUCGGGUCCCGCCUGAGCCUGCCCUCCCCGGUGGAGAUGGAGCAGGUGCGCCAGAAGCUGCUGCAGUUACUCCGCACCUACUCACCCAACGCCCAGGUCAAGCGGCUCCUGCAGGCCUGCAAGCUGCUCUACACUGUCCUGAGGACCCACCUGGGAGAGGGCGCGGGGGCCGACGAGUUCCUCCCGCUGCUGAGCCUGGUCCUGGCCCAUUGCGACCUUCCUGAGCUGCUGCUGGAGGCCGAGUACAUGUCAGAGCUGCUGGAGCCCACCCUGCUCACCGGCGAGGGCGGCUACUAUCUGACCAGCCUCUCCGCCAGCCUGGCCCUGCUGAGCGGCCUGGGCCAGGCCCACACGCUCCCCCUGAGCCCCUCACAGGAGCUGCAGCGCUCCCUCAGCCUCUGGGAACAGCGCCGCCUGCCCGCCACCCACAGCUUCCAGCAUCUCCUCCGAGUAGCCUACCAGGACCCCAGCAGUGGCUGUACCUCCAAGACCCUGGCCGUGCCCCCAGGGGCCUCAAUCGCCACCCUGAACCAGCUCUGUGCCACCAAGUUCCGAGUGACCCAGCCUGACGCUUUCGGCCUCUUCCUGUACAAGGAGCAGGACUAUCACCGCCUGCCCCCCGGAGCCCUGGCCCACAGGCUGCCCACAACUGGCUACCUCGUCUACCGCCGCCAGGCAGAGCGGCCCGAGACACUGGGGGCCUCACUUGGGGGUGCAAUAGAGGAGGGCAGCGGGGAGCCAGAGGCAGGAGGCAGGGAGGAGAAAGGGCAGGGAGAUGGGGAUACUGAGGUCAAAGCCAGUCCUGUGGCAACUGCUAAGCAGGAGGAGAGCCAGGCCAGGGGAGGCCCUGCUCAGCCGAGUGCGCUGGAGGCUGAGGGGGGCCAGGCAGCAGAGGAGUAGCUGGGAGUGGCCAGAGGGGCAUUUGGGGCCGAAAACUCUGAGCCUGCUGGGAAGGCCUUUCAGAGCCCACGCUCGCUCGCCCUGAGCCCUCACAGGAGCUGCAGUGCCCUCAGCCUCUGGGAACAGCGCAGCCUGCCACGCCUCUGAUAAUUAUCUCUGACCAUACCUGCUGGGGGAGUGCCUGGACUGGCUAUAUCUGCGGCAUUGGAGUAAAGUUGAGGGGCAUGGGGGACCCCAAACCAAGGGCCCCUGCCUCUUACGCUUCUGCCUAGCUGGAGGCCGGCAGCCCCUCCAAGCUGGGGGCUUCAAGGCCGUGAACCGCUCCACCUUCCCCCGGUGUCUGGAUGAUUCAAGGAGGCAGCCAGGCGCUCGGGCCGGUCCUGCUCCAGGCCACCUGGAGACCUGUACCUCCAAACCGCAGUGCCCUCACCCAUAAAGUGGGGGUGCAAUGCCAUCCUGUCUUCUCCCAGAAACCUUCCAGGGGUCCAGAUGGAUGGUUUUCCUGCAGAGCAGAACUCAGACCAUGGGAAAGGGAGGGAAGGAGGUGGGAUGUCAGCGCCCCCACCCCUCCAAGGGUCAAGGGUCGUUCGCUGCACUUGCCAAGGCUGACGUGGAGACCCCAGAGGGCAGGUCCCGCUGGAGCAGCUCCCAAGUUCCAGUCUUUCCCCUCAAUGGGCCGUCCUCCCGGGCCCUCGGGCAUCCCAGGGGACUUGGACAGGGAGACGGCUUUCAAAUGGACGGGGGAGGGGGAGCUUGGAAACCAUUUUCUCUGCACUUAACUCUUGGACCUCACAAGAGCUUUACGGGAGUUUGUGGUUAUUACCCACCGACGUCAGACGUUCGGGAAAGUGGCUCCUAAGAGAUCACAUAGCAGGCCAUUCGGGGCGCCCCCACCCAAACCAGGGCAUCAGGCUCCAACUACACCCUGUAGCCUUCUAAGCCACCAAUAGAUUAACCCUCAAGGCCCAGCAGAGCAGGCAGCAAAUCUGAGCAAAGAAAAUGCCGGCAACAGCCACCAGGGGGCGUGUGUGGCACAGGAAGCUGCGGAGUGGGUGACACCAAGAGGGGCUCCGAGGCCUCAGCAGCAUAAGCCGUCACAGGCUUUGCACUGGCAACCGGGCAGCCACUGGGCAGCCGGGGGACAGCGGGGCUGCGGCUGGGGGCCCUCAGCUCCCUCGGGGCCAGGGGUCUGGAUGCGCCAGCCUCGCUGGGACCAUGACCUGGGAAGGAACUGUCCCCUGGGUGAAGGAGGACCCCAGCCACUAAGGGACACCCCCCUGCUCAUCAGAGGUGACAGCUGGAAGGUGGGAGUCCUGGACACUGGGCUUCAGACAAACCAGAUGCAGCCUGGGUGCCGGGCUCCCGCAUUUCUCGCUCGGCCACCGGCAGCAUUUCCCACUUCCACCCUCUCCCCCAGCUUCUCGCAGGUUAGGGAGUCUCCCCUUCGGCUUUUGUAUGUCCUCCUCCCGGCCCCUCGCCCACCCCCAGUGCCUUGCACAGUGUCGGACACUCCACGGGCGCUCAAUAAACACUGUCCGCUGACUGGAGUUUGGUAACAGUGAUGGGCAGUGAGGCGGGAAGCUGGGAGGUUAAGGG